AUGUGCGGUGAUGGCAAAUGCAUUGACAAAUCACUCGAAUGUAAUCGAAAAUACGAUUGUGCCGAUGGCACGGACGAAACUGAAUGCGAGUACUUCAAAGCUGCUAUGGCACGACGUAGAGAAAUGGAACAAAAUGGCAGAGGCGCACACGGAUAUGGUGCACCAGAAGGUGGAAAUGGGCAAGAGGAAGAAAUGCGAAGGAGGGAAGAAGACGAACGAAAACGAGAAGAGGAGGAACGGAAAAGGGAGGAAGAGGAACGCAGGAGAGAGGAAGAGGAACGCAGAAGAGAGGAAGAGGAACACAGAAGAGAAGAGGAAGAACGUAGAAGAGAGGAAAUGCAAAGUAGGAAAGAAGAAAACGGUGGGGGUGAACAUGGCAGUUAUGGAAUAUCCACCACAGGAGCAGAGCAUGAAGAAGAAAUGAGAAGGAGAGAAGAAGAAGAGCGAAGAAUGAAGGAAGAAGAACGAAGGAGAGAACAAGAAGAAAGGAGGAGAGAGGAAGAAGAACGUAGAAGAGAACAAGAAGAGCGCAGAAGAGAGGAGGAGGAACGUAGGAGAGAAGAAAUGGAACGCAGAAGAGAGCAGAGCGUUGGAGGUGGACACGCUGGUUAUGGAGUGGCAGUUGGGCAGGAAGAAGAGAUGAGAAGAAGAGAAGAAGCUGAACGGAGACGAGAGGAAGAAGAACGAAGAAGAGAACAAGAAGAACGGAGAAGAGAAGAAGCUGAGCGGCGA